AUGGACCCUCAAGAAGCGAGUGGUGAAGAAAGAAACCUAAUUGAAAUUUUGAAAGAAAACUGUCCUAUUGAUAUGAACAAAUAUAUCAGUUAUGUUCAAUCUCCACAAUGUGGUGCUAUAGCAACUUUUGCUGGCACAACACGUGACACCUUUGAUGGCAAAACUGUGUUGGAGCUCAGGUAUGAAGCUUAUGUGCCCAUGGCUGUGCGUUGCAUUAAAUCCAUUUGUUCUUCUGCACGAUCAAUGUGGAAUAUCUACUCUAUUGCAGCUGCUCAUCGCCUGGGCGCUGUCCCCGUAGGAGAGAUCAGCGUGUUUAUUGCAAUCUCUGCUGUGCACCGUGCUGAUGCAUUGGAUGCUUGUAAGUUCCUAAUUGAUGAAGUUAAAGCAACUGUUCCCAUAUGGAAGAAGGAAGUUUAUACGAACGGAGAGGUCUGGAAGGAAAACUCUGAGUUUCUAGAAAGGAGGCCCGAACUUGGGAAAACUGAGAAUAAUAAGGAUAGAUCAUGCUGUAGUAGAAAAGUCAAGGCGGAAGAACCUCAGAAACAGGGCUGUUGUGGGGAGAAGGAAUAUGUGAUGGAUAGACCAGACAGCAUCGACACAUCUUUGACUGCACAAGAAUGGCAUUUGCUGCACGCAGAGCUUCACCGGCCUAAAUUUCCAGCUUCUGGCAAUGUUUCUAAAUGA